GAUAGACCCCACCCCACCCGACUCCGCCGACCCGCGCUUUCAAUUUUGGGCGUUACCUUCUUUCUUGUGGCGCGGGAAGGACAGUCUCAGGGUUGGGGGCGGGAAGGAGCCGAUUCUCCUCGCGGGGAGAGAGAUAAACAUCUAUUCAAGAGUCAGAAAACGUUCCUUCGUCGUCAGAGAGGGAGCGGAGAGGCGGUUCCAUCACUUUCCUUCGCUCUAUCGAUAGAGAGUGGAGAAACGACGGAAUAAACGAUAUCGUUUCCCUCUCUCUUCCCCGUCCGUUGCCGAUCGAGGGAGAGGGAGAAGAUAAGAGGGCUCGAGAGAUCGACAGCAUUUGCCUGAUUAACUCACCGUCUCUUUUCGUUACCGUCAGAGAGGAACGCUGCUCACUGGCGCUGCUCCUGAUCUUCCUUCUCACCAGCAUCCUUCAUCUCCUAACCAGUUGAUCCGAAAGCUGGUUUUUGGUUCAUGCAUCUCUAAGAAGAAUUUUCAUUUCAAACAAGGGUAUCUAAAACCUCCAUCUUACAGAGUAUAUGUUGCUCGAGACUUCGGUGCAGAAUUGUUGUCAUGAAGCAUGCAGACCAUGACAAGUUCGGGCAUCACUGUCUAUGGAACAUCAGUAUGAGGUUGUCAAGCAUCAAGUUUCAUCAGAGAUUAACAAACAGGAAGAAGCUGAUGGAUGGAUUUCCCAGAAAAAGAAAGCUUGAGAUAGGAAAUCUCUCUUUCUUCUCCAAAACCCGAUGAUUACUGAGGAAGAAAUAGCGAAGCAGCAACUGCCGGCAGUGACGACCGCCGCCGACCUCCUCCUCUUAGCCCAAAAGUUGCCCACUGGCUGUCCAAACCUCGACCGGUUCCUCGCAGGUGGCAUCCCGUGCAGAUCCAUUACCGAGCUUGUUGGAGAGAAUGGCGCUGGCAAAACACAACUUUGCCUCCAGCUCCUCUUGCACUCCCAGCUGCCUCCCUCUCCCUCUGCCUCUGCCUUCUACAUCUCCUCCGAGCCUCCGCUGCCUCUUCGUCGCCUUCAGCAGCUCGCCGACUCCUUCCUCCUCCACCUCCCCCCCAGUAGCCGCCCAUCCACCCCGCUCGACAACAUCUUCCUCCACUCCGUCCAGACGGCUGACGACCUCCUCUCCCUCCUCCACCGCCUCGAUCCAAUCCUCCCUCGCCUGCGCCUCCUGGUCAUAGAUUCCAUCGCCGCACUCUUUCGGUCGGAGUUUGAGACAUCUUCCACCGACCUCGUCCGCCGGUCUAAUCUGUUCUUUCGGAUCGCUGGCAAGCUUAAAGCCCAGGCAACCCGGUUUGGGUUCGCUGUUGUGGUGACAAACCAGGUAGGAGAUGUGAUCGGAGUAGAGACAGGAGGAGGAGGAGGUUUUCGACCAUUGGUGACGUCCGGGAGGAGAGUGUGCCCCGCACUUGGCCUCUCAUGGGCCAACUGCGUCAACACCAGGUUGUUCCUCUCGAGGAGCCAAGAGUGCGACUUCAGGAUUUCGGAUCUAAACCAGACCCGGACCCGUAGAAGGAUGCAGGUAGUGUUUGCCCCUCAUCUACCCAGUGAUGGUUCAUCCUGCGAGAUUACCAUCGACAGACAUGGUGUGCACGGUCUGUUGGAUUCGGGGCUUUGAGUGGAUUGGUGCAGGUUUUUGAACUUUCUGCAUUCAUCUUUCUAAUCAUUCCUCAUUCGGUUUCUGAUAUCAUUGCUAUUGUAUUUCUAAUAUUGUGUUUAAGUGGUUUCUCUUGCAAAGAAAAAAAAAUGUGGUUUCUCAUGUAGCUUGUAAAAAGGUGUGCAGAUCAUAUAGUUUGAAGCUGGUUAUAUGUGCCACAAUUUUUUGUGCAUGGAGUUGCAAAGUUACCAAUUUGUACCCCAAAAUUGGUGGCUUCGGUCAGUGAUGCUAACGUGAGCGGUCCUCUGUAAACAGCCAUUGACCAAAGUGUAAAGAAACAAAAGAUGAUGUUAUGUUUGUUAUAUCAGCAAAAGCUGGUUGCUUUGUAAAAGGUUCGAAUUUAGACAUCUUCCUCUCUUCUUGCUCCUUCCUGUUUAGGGAAGAAUUCCUUUUGUCAUCGGGGAAUUCUCUUUGCUUACUACAAUGAUGGCGGAGGAAGGCACGAGCAUGAUUGAGUCUACGAGUUGGUAAUCACUCAUCUUCCCACGGGGGCACAAUUUUGAUGCUCUCUUGCUUA